CCACAAAGUUAGGAGCAAAGUUAGACUAGGAACAACUGGUUGAGAAUGGCUAGAUCAUAUGAGUGAACAAAGAUUGAGGAUGAAAGUUGGGUUUAAAUAGGUUGCAGGUGUUGUGUUGGAAAUGAGUGGCAAAUGACUCCUGUUAGCUGGGUAGAUCUGGGAGAUGCCUGUCUUUGCAGGCCUGAUACGACCCUCCAUGCAAUCCCACAUCAAGCACCCGCUGGCUCAGGAUAAUCUGGAUGGGUCCAGUGGAAAUCCUCGAUGAUUGAUGGAUCCAAGAUGAAUAUGGGUGACACCCAACACCUCUCCUCUGGGCCGUACCCUUUCCGAUCAACCAUCAUCAACCGGUGAACCGCGUACACAAUCCUAGGUUCUGGAGGUGCAGGCUCAGCUGGUGUUCCUUCCUUCACUCCCACCAAGCACCCACCCACCGCAAGCCUGUUCUGCACCAUGUCUGCAUAGAGUGGAUCGGGUUGACCGGAAACUGGAAAUCCAUCUACUCCAUGAAAAAUGCCUCUUUCAUGUUCUCAACACAAAGAACUAAUGGACUCCAGGCAACAGUAGCUAGGUUGCAGAUUAUCACGUCACUUCUAACAGCCCACUAACAGAACUAUUACUGGACGGCACACAACUGCUUGGCUCACAGAAGCGCAAACUGAUUUUCCUUGACGGUUUUAUCCUCAAGAUAUUAAGGACUUCCUCAAGAAUUUCUUCUGAAGAUCAAAUAACCUGUUUGCCAACAUUUUAAAUAUUAUUGUUGUUUUGGAACAAGGUUAUUAACCUGGUUGCCAUGGCACUAUGGAACAACUAAGGACUCAUUCAAGAACUCAUCUUAUGCAAUUAGUGGACUUACUGUGUGCAUGAGGCUCUGAGGACGCUAUUUUAACUGCUUGAUAAUACAGGCAUUCAGCCAUGGACUACAUCGUUUACAAAAUGUGUUGAGCUUCAUUGCUUCAAGAUUUGGCAAUUGCUAGAAAGACAAACUCUUCUGGUCCUGUUCAAUUCAUUGAUUAAUUUGGAUUCAUGUCAAUCUGCAACAAUGCCCUUACAUGGCACAGGUAUUUUUACAAAUCCAUAUGCUAUUGAAGUUCUGCAGAGCAAGAAAAAAGAACUAGUAGCAGGGAUUACCCACACUGAUGAUCUUCUAGACUGGUUGAUUGAGAAUCGUGUCAUUUCACCAGAGAAAAGAAUUGCAGUUUUGAAUUACAGGACACGUGAGGAAAUGAACACCAGAGUCCUAGACAUGUUAGUUUCUUGUGGUGAGAGAGCCUGCAGACUGUUCUUCUAUCCUUGCCUCAAGCAUGUUGAACCAGCUCUCUACAAUUACAUCAGAAGCUAUGUCAGUAAUGUGUCAAGCAGCUUUGGGGAUGCUAAGAGACAGCUUGUGGGUUAUCUUUUGGAGAGAGAUAAGGAUGAAAUCCCUAAGGAUACCUCAAAAAAUGUUGGUAAGCCAGUGCAAAAUGUGGCAUCUAAAAAGGAGCCACACCAGAAGCUACAGACGGCUGUUCAAACUCGACCAGUGCACAAUGAGCUGGCUCAUGUCUUUCAGAUUGUAGCAUCAGGAGAUCUAUCCAGUCUUGAUAAAGCUAUUGGACACAGUGACAUUAAUGUUAUAAAUGCUUUUAAUGAAACCCUGUUGCACAUUGCAGCUACCCAUGGACAUGUUAAGAUCAUUGAAUAUUUAUUGAAUAAAGGAGCAAAGCUAGAGGUAAAGGAUAACAAGGGGCAAUUACCUCUUCACCGGGCUGCAGAGAAAGGGCAUACAGCAGCAGCCAAAGUCCUUCUUCAAGCUGGAGCACACAGCUAUGCUUUGGAUACAGAAUCUAAAACUCCCCUACACUUAGCUUCCCAGAACAAUUUUUUCUCUGUCGUGAAGCUGAUGUUGAAAGAAGAAGCUGGAAAUUAUAAGAGAAAGAAAUCUUUUCUACACAUGGCUGCUCUCAGGGAUGAAAGUAAAAUUGCAGAAAUUCUUCUCAAAUGUGGAGCUGCUGCAGACAUUAAGGAUGAAAAGAACAGGACCCCACUGAUUCACGCUGUCUCCCUGGGACAUCUCAGUACUGUGAAGGUACUGCUGGAGGCAGGAGCCAAAGUUGAUGUUGAUAUGAUUGAUGGAGCAUUAAAUAGUAAUAACCAAUCCCUGAUUAAACUUAUCUUGGAGUAUGCCACUGGGAUUAGCCCUAACGUUCUAGUCAAUGCACUCUUUAAAGCAGUUCAGAAAAAUCAACACAGAGCUGUGGGUGUUCUAAUUGAAAGGGGCAUCGAUAUCAAUGCCAAAAAUGAAAUGCAAUACACCCCUUUGCUGUUGGCAGCAGAACUUGGGCAUACUGAAUCUGUCAAGGUCCUGAUAACUAAAGGAGCUCAUUUAAAUGAAAGGACCCCAAAUAUGAACAGUGCACUGCACCUUGCUGCUGAGACUGGAUCACUUUCAGUUGCAAAGCUGCUGAUUGAUGAGGGGAUGGACGUAAAUAUUAUCGGCUGCAGUGAUCAAACACCUCUGCACUUUGCAUCUUUUCAUAAUCAGCCACCGAUGAUAGAAGCUUUAAUAAGAGCAGGUUCAAAGGUCAAUGCCAUUGCUAAAGAGGCAAUUACACCUUUGCACAUCGCUUCGCAAAGAGGUAACCGAGAAACAGUAGAGUGUCUUCUUCAGAACAAGGCUGAUGUGAAUGCUAAAGACAGAUUGAUGAGAACACCCUUGCACAUGGCAGCUAUAGUUGGAGAUGCCUCUAUCGCAGAGCUGCUUCUGUCAAGCCACGCUGACCCUAAUGCAGUAAAUAAAGAGAAGAAAACCCCACUCCAUCUGGCUGCUAAUGAAGGUCAUUUGGACUUUGUAUCAAUGAUGUUAAGCAGAAGGGCCAGAUUUGCUGCAAAGGAUAUGGACGGGAAUACUCCAAUGCAUUAUGCAGCCAGCAAAAGUCAUAGUGUUGUUGUCAAAGCACUUUUAUUGGCUGGGAAAAAUAAAAACAUUGAUGAUAAGAAUAUUUGGCGCAAAACACCAUUACAUCUUGCAGCAGAACACAGCCACGAGGGAUUGGUAGAAUUAUUGUUGGUCAGUGGAGCUUCUAUUAAUGCCUUAGACAAUGCCAAAGACACACCACUACAUUGUGCUUGCAAAUCAGGCAACAUUGGUACUGCCCAAAAAUUAAUCAACUGGUCUGAUGGUGAAAUACCCAAGUUCCACUCUACAAAUAGCUUAAAGAAGACCCCUCUCCAAGUUGCAGAAAGUAGAGACACAGAUAACCACCAGCAGAUAGCAAUACUGCUGAGAAAAAAAAUGAUGUUAACUAGAUAAGAACAAAUUCAAUCUAACUGAUGGCUUAAUUGGCUAAGGCAGUGCUUGGUGUUGCCUGUAACAUAUCUAGUAGACCAGUAUGGUUUUAUUUUCCAUUCCACUUUAUGCUGAGUGACAAGCCUCAGCUAGAUUUAUUUAAGAAGUUUUACUAUU